GACAUCUUCUCUACCUGCUUUCUACACCUGCACCCGCAUUUUCCUCUAUUCUCUCACCGUCAAACACGCAGAGUCGCCCACAGCUCAAAUCAAGAAGACCGACGAAAAUCACCGUCGAGCACGCAGAGUCGCCCACAGCCAAAAUCAUCAAGAUCAACGAAAGCAGACGUGCAGGAGUUGCAGUUGAUCGGUGUUUUUGUAACAGUUUGCAGAACGUCCUUAGAUGUCGAUCACAGGCACGAGGCCAGUGUUCAAGAUCGUCGCUGUGACCGAAAUCGAAUAUCUCACUCCCUGUUUCCAUCCCUGGACGUCAUUGUUCGAGAUGUAUAUAUACAGGCGAGAGAGAAGACUCGACCUUCUUGAGAAAAUUACGAGUGCGCCAACGUCUUCGCCAUUAUGCAGACAAGUUUCAGGCUUGACUGCAGAGAGAGUUCAACUCUGCCAGAAUAUCGUUCUUUCUUUUAUCUUCCGUUUUGUUGUUGAGGGAAGAAUGUCGGUCAUUUUCAUUUAAAGGGGUCGACUAUAAAAAUACCAGCAUUGACUUCACAUAGUCGCAAUUUUCUUGGUAAAAAAAAAAAAUCAACCGGAACUUUGCCCGCAAAAAAUGGAUGAAAUCCGAUCGUCGAACGAGGAGCAUUAUCGAAAGGAGUUGAUUUUCGAGGGUGUCAAAAUGUACGAACGAUACGUAACCCUGCAUCGACGUUUGCUGCAACCGGUAGGACUUUGGCCGAGAAAAGCUCGUUGGGAUAACUUGACUUGCUGUAUCUACGAAGCAAAUGCGUUUGUUAAUAUUUCCUGGAUGAUUCUCGUCUCGUCGAGCCAAUAUUUUUCCAUUUGGGAUGCUCGAGAUAACUUCUUUGAGGUGAUGGAGAUCAUCAGCGCCAUGACGACAGCCUUCUUGAUUAUACACAAGGCUUUCACGCUGUUAUUCAAACGUUCAAAAAUACGAGAAAUCGAUGAUACAAUUCGCGAAUUAUGGAUCGACGGAUGGUGCAGACACAAUGCGUCGGUUCGCCGACAGAUGACGAUGGUAGCCGGCGUGACGAAAACCCUGACGCUGAUUUACCUCAGUCUGAUAAUAAUCACUGUAAUAAAUUUUGCCGUUUCACCAAUGGUUUCGCUUUAUACCCAAAGGGCGGCAAAUCUCUCCGAGGGUGAAAUCGUCUACGUUCUUCCAUACCUGGCGCAGUUUCCCGGUGUGGACAUAAGAAACAAAACGAACUACACGAUGUGUUACAUCGCCUCCAGUAUCGUCAGUAUUCCGAUUAUUCUCUACGCUGCUGGAACGGACAUUUUUUACAUUUCAUACAUAACCCAGAUAUCGCUACAGUUCGAUUUACUGACGCUGGAAAUCAGCGAACUUUUCGACGAACAGAAGACUGACAAAUCGCCAUCACCCAGCAGAGUCGAAAAAUCAAAGAUACAGAAGUUUGCCUUCAAGAAAUGUGUACAAAAACACCAGAAACUGAUCAGCUCGGGCCGGAUAAUGGAACAGCUCUUCUCCCAAAUUCUAUUCGGCAUAUGUGUCGUCAGCACUGUCUCGAUGUGCGCAGUUAUGUUUGAAACCAUAGUGGCAAGUCACAAUCAGCACGGAAACACCACGCAGUUCGCGCUGUACCUAAUUUUCGAAGUAACCGAGGUCUUCAUCUAUUGCUGGUUUGGAAAUAUUUUAGUGGACAAGAGUAUGCUGCUAUGUCAGGAGGCUUACUGCACGAAAUGGUACAACGCAGAUACGAUCUUGCAGAAGGAUUUGAUGAUGGUAAUGACGAGAGCUCAACAGCCGAUCUACGUGAGCGCCUGCGGUUUUGUCGUAAUAUCGCUGAAUGUCUGCACAAAGAUACUGAAUACCGCAGCGUCAUAUUUCACACUUAUUCGCAAGAUGUACUAACAACCCAAUUGCUGCACUGUUUGGAAAUCUGUAAAUUGUUGCAUGAAAAUUUGUCCAGUGAUUUUCUAUGCGAUCAAUUUUCAUGGUCUUUUCGAGGAUAGUGAAUUGAUGUUAAGGAAUAGCAAAAAUGAUCAAAGUCUUAUUUUAGUAAUCACACAUUUUGCGAGUUGUUUGAACAUUUGAAUAAAGUAUGAAAGACUUGAAUAAAUUAUAAAUCUCAAUUUCAUUACCGCCUAUGACGACGCCUGAAUCUAGUGAAAGUUCGUUUCUGGGAUGGCUGACUCCAUCGAUACAUCGGUCGAUCAAGUUAAGUGGCUAAUUGUUGUGCAACAAAACUUCUUUAACUAGUUUCAAG